AUGGCGUUAUUUAACCGAUCUUUACAUUUUAUUCGAUUUUAUUCAGCAACUACAAAAGCAGCUUGUUCGACUAAUGAUCAAAAACAGUUUUCUGAAAUUGUCAAACAGUUGUCAAAAUUUUCGUCACGGGAUGAUCUUCUAGAAUAUAGUCAACGUUCAGUACAAUAUCAAUAUCCGUUGCGUAUGAUGGAAGAGGCCAAAAAACAGCAACAUGAUCAAAAUAGUUUAAUUGAAUAUGCUCGCUUUCUAAAUGAUGAAUUAAAGGUACGCGUAGCACAUUGUAUUAGUCACUUUCAAAUGUUACCAUUUUUACCUGCUGCCAAUCCUACACUACUUCGCCUUCAUGAACGCUAUUUAAAUUUAUUUGAAAAAUUAAAUCAUUUUCCAGAAAUAGUAACAAAAAAUGAUGAAGAAAAAUUUUCGCGAUUAAUUCAGAUAUUUAUGGAAUCAAAUACUGACGUCAUUGGUCAAUUGUCAAACGGAUGUCGAGAGAGUGCCAGGUAUUUUAAAAUAUAUGAUGUUAUGAAACAAUUUCUCGAUAAUAUCUUGUUAUCCCGUUUAUCCAUGCGUUUAUUAGGCGAACAUUAUGUUGCAUUACGUCGUCCUAAACCAGACUGGUUAGGUGCUAUUUAUAUGAAAUUCAUCCUCAAUGAUCUUGUUCAAGGAUGUAUAAACGAUGUUUCAACAAUUUGUCAUGAUACUUAUGGCGCUGUGCCUGCUGUUGUGAUAGAUAAUAAUCUUCCACAACCGUUUCCAUAUUUUCCUAGUGUUGUUGAAUAUAUUCUACGAGAAUUAUUAAAAAAUUCAAUGAGAGCAGUUGUUGAACAUUCUAAAACAUUAUUAUCAAAAUCACAGAAUCUCACAACAUAUUUUGAAUCAAAUAGAAAUAAACCACUAAUUAAAGUGACAUUCACAUCUGAUCCAGCCGAUGAACAUUUUGAUAUUGUUAUCAAUGAUCUUGGUGGCGGAGUGGCCGAUGAGGAACAAGAAAAAAUAUUUGAAUAUAUGUAUACCGGUCAAUCUGAACAUCAUGAAAAGGCAUGUGAAAGUGAAACGGAUAUGGGCGAUGAUAUUUUAAGUGAUUUUCAAGAACGGAUGGUUCAAUCGUCUAAACACAUGUUUGGCUAUGGUUUCGGAUUACCUGUUUGUCGUUUAUAUGCUCAAUGUUUCAACGGAUCAUUAAAUGUUCGACAAAUACCAUCGCUUGGAACUGAUGUCUAUCUGAGAUUGUCGUUUAUAGAAACAACGAAUCAGAAUGUUAAAAUUUAG